AUGCUGCGAAUCUGGAGCAUCUCUGGGCACGAAAUGGCACAUGUGCCACUGGCAGAGGUCAGCACGGUGCGAAACCUGAAGGAGCGUUUGGCUCAGCUUCAUGGGGUGCCGCGAUUCCGGCAGCGGCUCCUUGACGACGGCGAAAGCUUGCGGGACACAGCCACAUUGCACCCUACAGACUUGCAGUUGGUUUUCCUAAACUACUCUGAGGCUUCCUUGGAGCAGGCCGCAGAACUCACAGCUGCAGUCGGGCACGGAAGUGUUUCCGAGGUUGAGGAGAUUUUGCAACGUCCCCAGGAUCCGAAUCAAGCAGAUGCGGAUGGCAACACCCCUCUGAUCGUAGCGGAGAAUGCGGAGAUUGCGAGUCUUUUGCUGGAGGCUGGGGCAGACAAGGAUCAAUCGAGUUGCGACAGCAAUCGCAGAACGGCUCUUGGCCAAGCAGUGCAAGGAGGACACCUGGAGGUUGUGAACUUGCUACUGGAAGCUGGGGCAGACAAGGAUCUGGCGAAUAGCCAUGGCACCACGCCCCUCAUGCUUGCAGCAGCCUAUGGCCACGUGGACAUUACUGGCUCGCUACUGGAAGCUGAGGUUGGCAUAGACUUGACCGACGUCCGCGGGAUAACAGCUUUGAUGAUCGCAGCGAUCACAGGCAAUGUGGAAAUUGGCAGCCUGCUACUAACUGCCGGAGUCAAGAAAGACAUUGCCUGCCGCGGUGGUGGCACAGCAUUGAUGUUUGCGGCAAGGUAUGGCAAAGUCGAUUUCGUCCGCUUGCUGCUGCAAGCUGGUGCAGUAAGGGACAUGCCGAACAAUCAGGGGAAGACGGCUUCGGUUCUCGCAGCUGAGCAUGGGCAUGUGGAAGCUGCAAGCUUGCUGUCAGCUUAG